AGAUCUGGCUCGGGAUCCCAGUCCUCGCCCAAGCAUGGCUUCGGACCCUCCAUGGGUUUCGACCCCGCGAAGCCCGAUGGCGGUCCCAACAAGGACCACAUCAACUCCCGCAUCGACCCUCCCCCGGAGUCGUACCUCAACGCUGGUGAGACUCCCUUCGUUCGCAGACCCGGUUUCAACACCGCUGGCAAGGAGAUCAACCUGGAGGUCAACCAGUUCCGCGUCAAGCAGUGGAACGACAAGAUGACCAUCUACCAGUAUGAUGUGUCCAUCUCGCCCGUGCCCCUGAAGUACAAUGUCGUCUUCAAGAAGGUCUGGGACUCCCCGCCUGUCCAGGCCAUGCUGGCGAAGUACAAGACCCUCUGGUUGCAGGAUGGACGCAAGUUGGCUUGGUCCUCGGCUCCUAUCAACCGUGGCGAGGAACGCUUGAAGGUUGACCUCGACGAGGGCAAGCCGGUCCGUCCCAAUGCCAAGCCGCGCGACAACUCCUUCUUCUUCGUAAUGAAGGAGACGAAGAAAAUCAACCUUGCCGCUCUUGAAGCUUACCUCACUGGUAAGAUGGACUGGGACAACACUGUGCUCGAGUGCAUGAACUUCCUCGACCACCUGGUUCGCCAGUACCCCAGUGAGAACCUUCUCUCUAUCAAGCGCAACUUCUACAACGAGCGCGAUCGGAAGGCCAUGGACCUUGGCCCUUGCUUGGAGGUUGUCAAGGGUGUCUACUCGUCGGUCCGGAUGAAUCAAUCGGUUAUGAACAAGCUUGGUCGUGGGCUCGGUCUGAACGUCGACGUUGCCAACACGGCAUUCUGGAAGGGAGAUAAGCAGCUGCAUGUCUUCGUCAGGGACUUCCUGGGUACCUGCGACCGCAAAUGGCAAGGUCUGUCCCCGCCGGACAUCGCCAAGAUCUUGAAGCCAGUGCGCCAGCAGGACAAGAACGGCAAGACGGUGCUCACCAUGUCGGAUGCCUUCAAGCAUCUUAGGAAGCUGGCAAAGCUUCGAUUCUCCCCCAAGCACCGCGGCAAGGAGAACUGGAACAAGGUCUACACCAUCAAGGGCUUUGCAUUCAGCCCGACCUACGGCGAGAGUGGUGCUACUACUGACAGCAUCGUCUUCAACAACAAUGGCGAGGAGAUGAACAUCACGAAGUACUUCGACAAGACCUACGGCUACAAGGUUCAGUUCCGUGACUGGCCUGUUGUUGAGACCGCCAAGGCCGGCUUCUUCCCCAUGGAGGUCUGUGUCGUUGCGGCCAUGCAGCGGUACAAUUACAAGCUUGACCCUGAUCAGACCUCUGCAAUGAUCAAGGCUGCGGUCACCCGCCCAACCCAGCGCAAGGCGGACAUUAUCAACGCCAAGAACCAGUUGGCGUGGAAGGAGGACCCCUACCUCCGCCAGUACGGUGUCGUCUUUGACGACCAGAUGGCCAAGACCAAGGGCAGUCUGCUUGAGCCCCCCAAGAUCCAGUACGCCAACAAUGUCGUCAGUCCCAUGUUCGCCGGUCGCUGGGAUCUGCGCGGCAAGAAGUUCUGGGUUCCCAACCGUGUUCCCCUGGCCUCCUGGGGUAUCGUGAUCCUCGAAAAUUCCACUAGCAAGGCCAAUGCCCAGAACUUUGCGCAGACGUUCAAGCAGACGUACACUGGCCAUGGAGGCAAGAUCGCAAAGGACGCCGUUGUCAUCGAUAGCGAGGCACGCAACAACAAUGUCGCUGAUGCAGUUGCUAAGGCGUAUGCCCAGAUCAAGGCGAAGACUAAAGCCACCCCGCAGCUGCUCUUCUGCAUCUUGCGAUUCAACAAUGUUGGAUCUUACGAGCGAAUCAAGAAGUCCGCCGAUUGCCGAUUCGGCCUGCUCACUCAGUGCGUCCUUUCCCGCCACGUCGACAAGAACCAGGCCCAGUACCAUUCCAACGUGGCCAUGAAGGUCAACGCGAAGCUUGGAGGGGUUACCUGCCGUAUCCCUCACCCAUCUGGUCCUUCUAACAAGAGCCCCCCGUUCUUCAAGGAAGUCACCAUGAUGAUUGGAGUGGAUAUUUCCCACGCGACCCCUGGAAUCGACGCUCCCUCGAUGGCGGCGAUGACCAUGUCGAUGGAUGCCGAUGCCACUUUCUACUCGGCCGCUGUUGAGACCAACGGCUACCGUGUUGAGAUGCUCUCUCCAGUUAGUGCCCGCACUUUCCUUGGUCGUCUCAUGCCCACCUGGCACAAGCGUAUGGGCCACCCUGCGCCUCCUCCCCACAUCGUCUACUUCCGCGACGGUGUCUCUGAGGGCCAGUACUCACAGGUGUUGGAAUACGAGGUCGGAACGAUGAAGAAUAUCAUCAAGAGCAUCUACCCCACUGCUAAGCAGCCCAAGUGGACGGUCAUUGUGGCUACCAAGCGCCAUCACAUUCGAUUCUUCCCCCAGACGGGUGACAAGAACGGCAACCCCCUCCCCGGAACUGUUCUCGAGAAGGAGGUCUGCCACCCCUUCUGGUGGGACUUCUACAUGUGUUCCCACGUGGCCAUCCAGGGAACUGCUCGACCUGUGCACUACACCGUUCUGGUGGACGAGGCCAAGAUGAGCCCGAACGAUCUCCAGCGGAUGAUCUAUGGUCAAUGCUACCAGUACGCUCGCUCGACGACCCCCGUCUCUCUCCACCCGGCUAUCUACUACGCCGAUCUCGCAUGCGGCCGUGCUCGUGCACACGAGAACAUUGCUACAUCUCAGGGCUUCCGUUCCGGUCCCAAGGCGGCGGAGAUGGUCGAUGACCGAGGCGCCCGCGGUCUUAGCAUGUUCGAGGGCGAGCGUCCUACCGAGUCCCUUCCCCUGCUGCCUCUGGGUGGCAAUGGCCCUGACGCUGACCCCCAGGCAGCUGACAUGCUCAAGAACACCAUGUGGUACAUCUGAGUGUGCACACCAGAGGUUCCGACAGGCAACGAUUGGCAGAAGUGGGAUGGAAGGGUGACGAUGGAAAGGUGGCGAUGGGGGAGGCGAGCACGGUUGGCGGUUGAAGGAGAGUGCGGGAGAAUCAAGUUUCUAGUUCCGGGUCAGUCAGGAGAAGAAUUGGCCUCAAUCGAGCAGAAAGUAGAUGGGAGUACCUGGGUGAGCAGGCCCUGCUCUGCCGAGCGUAGAUAGCGAACAUUACCAUUCCCCAA